AUGAAUAAGAAGAGAUCUAAUUCAUUCACUGCUGCUGGCAUCAAUCAGCAAUUGCAGCUCAGACUACUUGAGAGCACUAAGCUUGCGUCAAGCAUCAAUGGACGAUCAGCACCUGUCAAACAUCACAGUGGUGAUGCAUCACCCUGGUCAUCGUCACAGCCUGCUGCAUUGUCCACUACCUUGGAGAAGAUAGUGCGCGUUGCCCCACAAUCCAAGACACCAAGUAACAAUUGCUCACAAUCUCCAAGGACCAAGCAAUACUCAAGCUCACAACCUACUGAGAUGUCAUCGCCACAAUCAUCAACACUACAUCAACAACGGCAGCAGCAGCAGCAGGGUACACGAACAUCAUUCUUUCAUUCUCCUGCACGAGCACAUCCAUAUCACUACCUUGUAUCAGAGAAUGAAGACAGCAGCGAUGAUACCCCAUCACCAACCUCCACAUCAACCACAAACACUCGACCUGUGCAGCAGCAACAGCAGCAGAUACCAAAGUUAUUCAAUACAGACAAUGGAUCCAAUGCAAACUUCACAUCAUCAUCACCACCAACAGGUGGACAGUUUGACCAGCAACAUAACCCUUCAAGAGGUCGUCCAUCAUCACCAACUCUCUCGGAUGACGACACUAUCCUACAGAGUCCAUAUAAGAGUUUCAAGAUGAGCUCAGCAGACACACCAACCAAACGCUCCCUCAAUGCUUAUGCAAAGCUGAUACCCCUGAAUAAUCCACAGAGUGCAGAUCACCUGAUAUGCAAGAAGAACUACUCUAUUGGAGGUAAGAAGAUCAACGACUUGGAGAUUGUGGACAAGCAUCGCAAGACCUAUGCUGUUAUAGCCUAUCAUAAGCCAGGUGUUAUGUCUAUAGAGGCGUUGUCCAGUACAUCGACAAAGGUGAACAACAUGGUCAUCAAUCAUCUGACACUCCUCAAGAGUGGUGAUCACAUCUCUAUCAAAGGCAACUCCUUUUACUUCCAAUGUAUGUUUGCAUUGUCAUGUAGUAUCUAUCAACGGCACGUCUAA